AUGCAAUUAUUUCCAAAUGCGAAGUUAGAGAGUCUUGUCGCUCCAUCGUCUGAUCAUUUUCCUAUUCUGCUGGACAAAAAUCCAGUGGCUCAGAAUCUUAGAGUCAAAAGAUCUUUCAAAUUUGAAAAUGCUUGGAGAACUGAAGAUGGUAUCAAUGAAGUGGUUCGGGACAGUUGGUCUGGAAGUACAGCAACUUCAAGAAAGAAGGUUAACAAAAUUCUUUCCCUGGAAACUGAUGAAGGGAUUCGAGUGACUGAUGACACUGGGAUGCGGUCCAUUGCAAGAAAUUACUUUGAAAAUUUGUUUGAAGAAGAAUUCAAAGAAGCAAUGUUCUCCAUGCAACUGGACAAAUGUCAGGGUCCUGAUGGUUUUAAUCCUGGGUUUUAUCAACACUUUUGGUCAGUAUGUAGUGAGGAUAUUUUCAAGGAAUGCUGUCAAUGGAUGAAUGAAGGACAGUUUCCCCCUACGUUGAACUCUACAAAUAUAGCCUUGAUCUCCAAAGGCACAGAGCAAAAAUCUAUGAAGGAUUGGAGAUCCAUAGCUUUGUGUAAUGUUUUAUACAAACUUCUGUCCAAGGUCCUGGCUAAUCGUUUGAAGAAAAUUUUAUCUAAGUGCAUUGCUGAUUCUCAAUCGGCUUUUGUACCGGGUAGAUCCAUUCUAGACAAUGCUUUGGUUGCCAUAGAGUUGAUUCAUCAUAUGAAGACUAAGACUAAAGGAAAAGAUAAAAGUGUGGCGCUGAAGCUGGAUAUAAGCAAGGCUUAUGAUCGUAUUGACUGGUCUUAUCUUAGAGAUGUCAUGCACAAAAUGGGCUUCUCAGAGAAGUGGAUCCAAUGGAUCAUGAUGUGUGUAGAAACUGUUGAUUACUCAGUUAUCAUGAAUCAAGAGGUGAUAGGACCUAUAAUUCCUGGUCGCGGGUUAAGACAAGGUGAUCCUUUGUCACCUUAUCUCUUCAUUCUUUGUGCUGAAGGUUUAUCAGCACUUAUCAGAAGUGCUGAAAGUAAUGGGGUUCUUGAAGUUUUAGGUACUGGUAAGUAUCUGGGUCUCCCUUCAAUGGUAGGCCGAAGUAAGAAGGCAACCUUCAGCUUCAUCAAGGAUAGAGUUUGGCAGAAGAUUAGUAGCUGGAGUAGUAAAUGCUUGUCCAAAGCAGGAAGGGAAGUCAUGAUCAAAUCAGUUCUUCAAUCUAUUCCUUCGUACAUUAUGAGUAUCUUCAGGCUACCAAAUCAGCUAUUAGAUGAAAUUGAAAAAAUGAUGAAUACCUUUUGGUGGGGUCAUGGUGGUUCCAACAAUAAAGGUUUGAACUGGCUAUCCUGGGAAAAGCUUUCUGUCCACAAGAAUGAUGGAGGCAUGGGUUUCAAAGAUCUGGAAGCUUUUAAUGUGGCAAUGCUUGGUAAACAGGGUUGGAAGCUGCAAACUAAUACAGAUAGCCUUGUCUCAAAAAUCUUUAAAGCUAGAUACUACCCGAAUGGUAAUUAUCUAGAUGCCAAGUUGGGGCAUAAUCCGAGUUUUGUCUGGCGUAGUAUUUUCAGUGCUAAGGUGGUGGUCCGACAAGGAGCCAGAUGGAAAAUUGGUAAUGGUUUUAAUAUUCCUAUUGUCAGCGAACCAUGGAUUGGAUCAGGGCUUAGCAUUCCCCGUGUGGGUGAUGACAUGAUAGCCCUACAAUCAUACUCUGUAGGUCAUCUUAUUGACCAAGAAGAGGUUAUAAAUAAUGAUCAUCUGUGUAGACCGGGGUAUUGGAGUGGUAUCUGGAAACUGAAGGGUCCUCCCAAAGUCAAAAGUUUGAUUUGGAGAAUCUGUAGAGACUGCUUUCCAAGAUCAAUUGAUAUUUGGCAAACAACCAAUUUGUGGCAUUUGAUUUCACCGGCUUUUAAUCAGUUUGAUAAAGCUCCUGAUAUCAUUUUUAAUUUCCUGCACAAUCUGUCGGCAGCUCAAAUUGAGAAUGUUGUUACUAUAACGUGGAGUAUUUGGAAGGCUAGGAACCUGAAGUUAUGGCAACAGGUGUCUAACUCAACUACAGCCAUCCUGGAAAGAGCAAAACACCUUCUUGAUGGUUGGAGGAAGGCCAAUCGGAAGCGAGUUCCUAUAAUGUCAGAUAACCAAGCUCUACUCUCGAGUGCCUCAAAUUCUAGUAACAAUACAAAUAUUAGAUGGAGGAAACCAGAAAGCGGUAGAUACAAAUGCAAUGUUGAUGCCUCUUUCCCUACCAUGAUAAAUAAAGUAGGCUUUGGAAUGUGUAUCAGAGACUCGGAUGAGAAUCAUGUUCGUUCUAAAACUAUGUGGUUUAACCCCACUUGUUCUGUAGAUGUUGGGGAGGCUCUGGCAUUAGACCAUGCGAUUCGGUGGAUUCAGGAAUUUCAACUUUUAAAUGUUGAUUUUGAAGUUGACUAA